AUGCCCGCCACCAAACUUCCCUUCCAUGCCGACCACAUUGGCUCCCUGAUCCGACCAGCGUCCGUUUCAGAAGCGCAGGAGAAAGCCGACGCGAGACAAAUAACGCAGGAACAGCUGAGAGAGGUGCAGCAGAAGGAGAUUGCGGAUAUUGUGAAGAAGCAGCAGGAUCAUGGGGUUCGUGCACUCUGCUCGGGAGAGUUCGACAGGAAGUACUACUUCUCGGGGUUCUUUGAGAAGCUGGAUGGCUUCAAGGAAGUGAGUCCCGUGCCCUGGGAUCUGGCUCGUCUUUCUGCGGCGCCGAUCAAGGCUCUCAAGAAUGCCGGCAAGCAGUAUCCCAUGGCCGCGAUCUGUGAUGGCAAGAUCAAGUACUCCAAGAGCCCUUACCUUGACAACUGGAAGUUGUUGCGGUCGUGUGUGCCCAAGGAGCAAUGGGGAGAGUGCAAGUUUACCAUGCCGCCUCCUUGCUAUUUCCAUUUGAGACUCGGCCGCGGCAAAUGCUAUAGCAAAGAUGCGUACGCGAACGAUGUCGACUUCUUUGCGGAUUUGGCUGCUGCGUACAGGCAGGAGUUCAAGACUCUUUACAACGAGGGUCUUAGGAAUAUCCAAAUUGACGAUCCAACUUUGGCAUACUUCUGCUCCGAAGAUAUGCUGAAAGGUCUCCGUGAGGACGGCGAGGAUACGGACAAGAUGUUCGAUCUGUACUUGAAGGCGCACAAUGACUGCAUCGCCGAUCGUCCAGACGAUCUCCAUGUGGGCUUGCACAUCUGUAGAGGCAACUUUUCCAAGUCAAUGCACUUCAGCGAAGGAUCGUAUGAGGCGAUUGCGGAGCGAUUCUUCAAGACUCUGAAUUACGACACCUUCUACCUCGAGUAUGACAACCCACGAUCCGGAGGUUUUGAGCCGUUGAGAUUCCUCCCCAAGCACAAGAACGUCGUCUUGGGGGUCAUCACCACCAAAGAUCCUCAGCUCGAGGACAAGGAGCUACUCAAGACUCGCGUGCGUGAAGCGGCGCAGAUCAUCGCCAAGGGCCAAGGUCGGAGUGUUGAGGAGGCGAUGGAGAACAUCGGCAUCUCGCCACAGUGUGGUUUCGCGAGUGUGGCUGUUGGUGCGGAAGGCAUGACGGAGGAGAAGAUGUUUGCGAAGCUCAAGCUGGUGCAAGAAAUUGCCCGUGAGCUUUGGCCAGAUCGACCUUGA